AGAUCCCUCCUCGCUCCUCGCUCCUCCGAGCAAAAUAAGAGACUUGAGACGCUCGUCAAAAUAGCGCAUCAGGAAUAACUUCCGGUUCAGGCGAGGAGCGAGGAGCCAUUAAAUAAAAGACUUGAGACGUACCCCAUGUGUCCAGUCGUCGCAAGAGACUUCACUCAAGCAUUGUCAUCAAGAUGCCUUUCAUCGACAUACAGAGUAAUUUAGGAGCCAGCGCUUUCUCCGAGGAGUUCCUGAAGAAGCUGUGCUCGUGCACCGCGGCUGCUCUGGGAAAACCAGAGGACAGGAUGAACUUGGUGGUGAAGCCCGGGCUGCCAAUUCUGAUAGCUGGCUCUUGCUCUCCGUGUGUGAUGCUGUCGGUGUCCGCUAUAGGUGUGACCGACACUGCUGACAAGAAUAAGGAACACAGUGCCAAGAUCUUUGAGUUUCUGACCAGAGAACUUGGUCUGACCGAAGACAGGAUCGUUAUUCAGUUUCACGCGCUGCAGCCUCACCAGGUCGGAAAGAAAGGAACCGUCAUGAGCUUCUUGUGAAGGACACCAUUGUUUCUGAUAGUACUCAUUCCUCAUUCAUCUCAUUCCUAAAUGACAAUGAAGAAUUAGAAGGCUGAUUUGAUCAAUAUUACUCACACUGAUGUAGAGUUAGUUCAGGUAUGCUGUCCAAAUCAUGUUUUACCCAUCUGCACUUAGUCUGUUCUGAAAGCUGUAAAACAUUAUGUUAAGAUUAAAGAAUCGCGUUAGGCAAAGCAGCACGGGCUGUUACUGUUCUUAAAGUCACUUUUAUUACAUACUAUGUGGCCUAAUCCUCUUCUGGAAACAAGACUAGAAAUUUAAGAUGUAUUUUCAUCUAUUUUCACUAAAACAUGGAUGAGAUGAACUGGACUGUGUCUCUUUUGUGCAUCAUGUAGCCUCCAGGAAUGGAAUACAAUUAUUAAAAUGUGUGUUUGUAAUUGA